UUUCCUUUAAAAAAUAUCAUGUUUUUGAUAAAUUUGAAUGAAUAUUGUAGUCGACAGCUAGCACUUUUAAGUCAUAAAGUGUACCAAAAUCGUGUAGACAGUCUGGCAAUUUUGUUUUCUAGAGAUUUUAGCUAAAGAUUUUUUGGAUUCAAAUGAACAUUUUUUUUGUAAAAGUUGGUAACAUAUUUUUAUUUAAUGAGUUUCGGAACGCAUAAAAUUGUAAAAGUACGUUCUGAAACUUAUCAGAUGAGUGUUAUAUUUUUAUCAUAAAUUGUACACACGUCGUAUGAAUAUUUCAUACUAAUAAGGAUAAGAAAUAUUUUAUAUUGAAAUCUAUCUGUCAUAUACAUACUAGAUUAUUGAGGAACAAUGCAUAUUUAUAUACAUUUUUUAUAUUCAGGAGUGUGCGGCUGUACGGAUGAAGCUACACACAUCGGUCCAUUGCGGAAAGUAGACUUUCAUUCGUACUCAAGGUCGAGUGCUGACACGGCCAAGUUCUAUACGUCGCAGUUGCGCGCGUCGAAGGUAUACGACAGCUGAAAUUACGACGUGACCACGAAACCGUGCGUAUCGUUACUCCGUCUCGCGUUCUACGAAAGCGACCUGCGGUGUGAAUCCGCGCGCGCCGAAGCGGUACACCGUCGGAAUAGCAAUGAACUGCGCAAUGGGCGUUAGGUGUGGCGCGUGAAAAAGGAAAGGUGCCGAGUGCCGAGUGUGAGUGACAGGAGUCGCGUAGUGUGCGCACAUGUGCGUUCGCGAGAGAAUGAAGACGCUCGACGAGACUUGCAGCAUCGUUACGCUUCAUCGAUGCGGAUUGUCGUCCUGAGGUACUCACUGUCGACUCGUGUUUAAGUGGCCGCAAAAGAACACCCGUCGUCGGCCCUUCAUUACGCGUGUCGCUCCGAAAGCGUAUCGUUCCUGCGCCUAUGCGUCUCCAUUCGUCGUGCGGUGAUCUACGCAGCGGCGGCGGCGACGACGACGGCGGCGGUAGUGGUGGUGGGAGGGACAACGGUGGCGACGGCGGCGGCGGGCAGAGACGCGAGGCGCCGAGGGGCCUCCGUGCGCCGCGAGCGAGAGAGUGAGGUUAGCUGUUUGUGUACGCGCGCGCGUGUGUGUAUAUGUGUGUCGUGUUCGCUUUCUCUCUGCCUCUCUUUCACGUGCACGCGCGCGCGCCAAUCACGGCACUGUCUCGCUCGCUCCUAUCUUCGUCGUCGCGCGCGCGCGAGGCCGUCGCGUUCUCCGUGUCUCUCGCGCGCGCUGACUCGUUUGCUCGCUCUCGCUCGCCCGCCUGUCCGUCCGUCCGUCGGCUGGCGCGCGCGCGCGCGUUAACGGAAUUCGCGAUCGUGCACGCAGGGACCACCGACUAAUGUUUAAAUGGACGCAUCGUCCAUUAUCACCCAGGUAUCGCGGGAUGACGAGCUAGGCGCAUUCAACAGCGAGAAAGCCCAAUUACCUCGAGAGAAUGAAGCAGCCAGCAAUAGCCCGUCGAGUGGCAAGAAGCCAAGAGGACGCGGACUCCUGCGCUCUCUGCUUUGCUGUUUCGGAAGGGGUCGUGGUGGCAGUUCAAAGAGCUCCAAGGCGAGUUCUCUACAGGGAGAUGGCCGCGGCUCGCCACCACCGGGCACCGGAUCCCCAAGGUUCCUCCUACCACCGGUUAGGCACCAAGACAUGCACAAGAAGUGCAUGGUAAUCGACUUAGACGAGACUCUGGUGCAUAGUUCUUUCAAGCCGAUCAACAAUGCGGACUUUGUCGUUCCUGUAGAGAUUGAUGGAACAGUACACCAAGUGUACGUCUUAAAGAGGCCUUAUGUGGACGAGUUUUUGCAGAGGAUGGGUGAAUUAUACGAAUGUGUAUUGUUCACUGCAAGUUUGGCUAAGUAUGCAGACCCAGUGGCGGAUCUAUUAGAUCGAUGGGGUGUAUUCAGAGCAAGAUUAUUCAGAGAAUCCUGUGUGUUCCACAGGGGAAAUUACGUUAAGGAUUUGAAUAAACUAGGUCGGGAUUUGCAGCAAAUCAUUAUUGUAGAUAAUAGUCCUGCCAGUUACAUUUUCCAUCCAGAUAAUGCGGUUCCAGUGGCGUCUUGGUUUGAUGACAUGACGGACUCCGAGCUACUGGAUCUAAUCCCCUUCUUCGAGAAACUCAGCAAUGUGGAAAACAUCUACACAGUGUUGUGCAACAGCAAUCAUCCCUACAACCAGAUGCCUGCGCAGACGGUGCAAAGCAAUCAGAGCCCGCCUGGAUCAGGCUCGCUGGCUGCCUCCUAGCCCCGCCUGAAUCCUGGCAACGCAGCCAGUCUUGUCGCUCAAUGCACCUUCCGGAGGAUUCUGCGGGGACUGCUUCACGUGACCCACUCGUUAUGUGGCGAAGGGACUCGAAGCAUACCUCCUUGUUGACCUUUGGAAGAAUCACUCCAAUCAACGGGGCCGGAAUGUCUUAAUACCUUAACAGCGCGUUAUCCAAGUUGGCACAUACACACACAACUCACAGCUGCUGGUAUCCUUCUUCCUGGCAGAGCAACACGAUGAAGACUGAUUCAGCUUCGAAGCGCGAGUGUUCUUCCAUUUUGCACCAAGCGUCAAGAACGACGAACUGUAUCAAUCCUGUCCUGCGUGGACAGGCUGAAGUACGAAUGUGCUCAGGAAAAGAACCUAGCAAAGGAUGGAACCAGGAGUCUUCGUUGAGCAGAAUCUGCUCACAGGCAAGUUAAUCGGUCACGAGAGAGAAAAGAAUGAUGGUUAGAAUGAUUAAUUAUGAUGAUUUAUAUCGAAAGAGUAUGAAGGUAAUAGCAGAAGAGAGUUGGGGGGGGGGAGCGAGAAGAGAGAAGAGAAGAAAAAUUGCUCCGAGUCGUUUGAUGGGCCAUGCUGUUGUUGCUGUUCUAAUUUUUUUCUUUUUUUUAUUUGAACCAAGACACCAACAUUUUCAUUCAAUUAGAUUCGAUUGUCAAGAGAAGAUAUCGACGAUCCAACUACAUUUUUGAAUGCUUCUGACACAACGCUUACAGAACGCGUCGAAAAAGGAGAGUAACAGUAGCAGGUAGAAUUUGGAAUUUAUAUUUUACUUGGUCUAAAUUAUAAAAAUGACAUUUUAAUUAUUAUUUUAGCUAUUUAAAUUAGUAUUGCGAAAGAAAAUUCUAAAAUAUUUUAUAGUUUAGUAACCAAAUCUAAAUCUUGAAACGGCUUCACAUGAUACAACCAAUGUGCGAUAACGUUGACAUAUAUUACAUAUUAUAUAUAUAAUAUAUAAUAUAUAAUAUAUAUAUAUCAGUCAUGUGGAACUGAUUUUAAAAUGCAUGGAUAUAAAAAUUAAGUAUCUUAAAAAUCAUAAAUCCCGAAUAUUUAAGCGUUUGCGAAGCCGGGAAGUUAGAAAUUUAAGUAUAUUUAGAAUUCCGAAUCUUUGAAGAAUGAAACACACAGAGACCUAGGAAUUUAUUGUUAAAAAUCAGGUUGAAACGAUCGGAUGAAUUAAACUAAAAAACUUUGAAAACUAAGCAUGCAAAUUAGAGAGAGAGAGAGAUAAAGAGAUCUGAAAGAUAUUU